GCCGUGUCGGGCUGUCCCCUGCCCCCCUGUUUUCCCGUCGAGUGAUGCACUUGGAAUGAGAAUCAGAGGAUGGAAAUAGUCUGGGAGGUGCUUUUUCUUCUUCAAGCCAAUUUCAUCGUCUGCAUAUCAGCUCAACAGAAUUCACCAAAAAUCCAUGAAGGCUGGUGGGCGUACAAGGAGGUGGUCCAGGGAAGCUUUGUUCCAGUUCCUUCUUUCUGGGGAUUGGUGAACUCAGCUUGGAAUCUUUGCUCCGUGGGGAAACGACAGUCGCCAGUCAACAUAGAAACCAGCCAUAUGAUCUUCGACCCCUUUCUGACGCCCCUUCGCAUCAACACUGGGGGCAGGAAGGUCAGUGGGACCAUGUACAACACUGGGAGACACGUGUCCCUGCGCCUGGACAAGGAGCACUUGGUCAACAUAUCAGGAGGGCCCAUGACAUACAGCCACCGGCUGGAGGAGAUCCGGCUACACUUCGGGAGUGAGGACAGCCAGGGAUCGGAGCACCUCCUCAACGGACAGGCCUUCUCUGGGGAGGUACAACUCAUCCACUAUAACCAUGAGUUAUAUACAAAUGUCACAGAAGCUGCAAAGAGCCCAAACGGAUUGGUGGUAGUUUCUAUAUUUAUAAAAGUUUCUGAUUCAUCAAACCCAUUUCUCAAUCGAAUGCUCAACAGAGAUACUAUCACAAGAAUAACAUAUAAAAAUGAUGCGUAUUUACUACAGGGACUUAAUAUAGAGGAACUGUAUCCAGAAACCUCUAGUUUCAUUACUUAUGACGGGUCGAUGACUAUCCCUCCCUGCUAUGAGACGGCAAGUUGGAUAAUAAUGAACAAACCUGUCUAUAUAACCAGGAUGCAGAUGCAUUCCUUACGCCUGCUCAGCCAGAAUCAGCCAUCUCAGAUCUUCCUGAGCAUGAGUGACAACUUCAGGCCUGUCCAGCCACUCAACAACCGCUGUAUCCGUACCAACAUCAACUUCAGUUUACAGGGGAAGGACUGUCCAAACAACCGGGCCCAGAAGCUUCAGUACAGAGUAAAUGAAUGGCUCCUCAAGUAGGGAACUAGGCCAAGAAGAAUCCCACCUCAGUGAAAUGCUACAACUGUGAAUUGACAUAACCUAGAAUGUCCCCUUCUUUCUUCUCUCUCCUUCCCUCCCUCAAGCCUCAUUCACUCUUCCAAUUGGCCCCUUUCUUCAUGAAAGUGUCUGCAAAACCGUGGCAGAGAAACACAUCUCUCGCACACACUCAACUCACACACACACACACACACACACACACACACACACAAGCACACAUACACACAACAUGUCUACGCACGUACACACUCAACAUGGCCUCCAAGAUGGAAAGUCAAGUCUCAGAAACAAAAGGCUUACUCCUAAAAGGUCUUAGAGGAAAAUAACCAGUUAACCUGAUUACAAUUUUGAUACUGUUCUCCUGAACUAAUAAAUCUCCCCAGUGAGAUUUUCAGCCUUUGUACAUACAAAAUUCUUCCAAAAGAGAGAGAGAAGAGAAACACAGCUCUGACGACAUCAAGCAGACUUCAUUCUUGGCACCAAGCAAUCCCAGACAUUGUCCUAGGAUCCUCUGAGGCUGCCGGUGACAGGUGAAACAGGACAAAGUUGGCCAAGGACCCUUAUUUCUAGAUGAUGAUUCUUCUGUUUACUCAAAAAUUUAAAAAGGAAAGGACAGACAUUGAAGAGAUACACAUUGUAUAUACAUCACCGCAGACUAUAAAAAAAUGGAAUUAUUUCCCCUCUUUGUCACAUAUCUGUAGUAGGAUUCGCCAAGACCAGAAUUGAUCCAUUUGCCAUUUCUUGUUUUCCGAAGGUCAUACAUUGUGUUUGGUUAUUAGUUAACAGCUCAAUAAAUGUGUUUAAUGAGUUAAUUUCAUUUUUCUGGCUUUGGUCUGUUCUUCCUUACAGGCUAACCCCUGGCUCCAUGCCACUGCAUUCUUUGAUUUCACUUGUUCCUGCAUCUACAUGUUUUGCUCAUUUGCAGCCAGUCUUUACUGAGUUUGUGGCAAUCAGGAAUGCAUUUGCUAAGCAAGUAGAACUUUAAUUCCACCCCAUGGCUCUAUCAUUCAUACAAGGUGAGCUUCAGCCUGAGAUAGCAGGCCACAGAUUUCUUGCAUUUCAAAACUGCCAUUCCCCCCACACCAUGAUGCUCCCUUGAAGGAAUGCACUUUGCCUUGUAAGUUCCUGGGAAGGGGUGUCUUUUCUCUCCAGGUGCAGCCGGAUCUCACGAAGUACAAACGAAUGCCUUUCUUUCCUUGUUUAUAAUGGUCAUUCACUGUGUUUGGUUACUGUCAAGAAAUCAAUAAAUGUGUUUAACAAGUUA